GUGACGUUGCGGUAACGUGAUAUCUUGCGCUAGCUAGGGACAGUUUGAUAACCAUUUCAGCCUAUUUCUCGCAUAUUUCGCAGUGUUUAUUGAGUGGAGCACGUGUAGUGAUUAAAUCUGACAUAAAGUGUUCUUUGUAGAUUAAUAAACGCACCCAAAAAAAUGGACCCAAACAAUGGCAGUCGAGCGAGCUGGGCCAUAAACCGACGAGCAGAGGGUUCAGUGAACAAACACAAAGCGGACAUGGUACUAGAGACAAUUCAACAACCGAGGCGCUCAGCUGCAUGUGAGGAUAUGCUGCCCCCUCUACCAGACGACUUGAGCAAAGGCGCAGAGGACAUCAUACCGGGGCUGGCCGAGGUGAACUUCAGCGCGGAUUCAGAGUCCUUCUGUGCCGCAGGAGUAGCGGGAAAGUUUAUUCGCGAGGAUGCAUCUUUAUCAGAGGCAGAAGCCCAUAGAAAAAUCAUAUCCCUCCUUAUUGAGAUUAAGGAGGAACAACAAAGGCAGUGGGCAGUACUGAAAGAUCUGCAGGCCAGGGUUUAUGGACAGGUGUGUGAAGAAGAGGAAGAGGUGCUUGACAUUGAUCUUCCGCUACAUACAAUGGAACAGCUCGAUGAAAUGGAACAACAUCUAGAAGAUGCUGAAGCACAGAGGAGAAUGGCAUCACACCUCUCACGCAUGGGCGGAGCCACGAUAGAUGAUGCAAUCCGACGACUUAUGCACACUGUUCUCUCAUUCAGUUUGGGCUCAGAGCUCAACUGGGUCGGUAGGGGACAGAAAAGAAGCUUCAGAAACACCAGACUGCAGGGUGUUUUAUUUCGUGCUUUAAAGAGGACACCUGUAGGAAAGGAGGCCACACACCACCAGUUUGCUGAUGUAGUGAAGAAAUGGUUACGGUUUGCCCCUUUCAGACAAAGAGGAAGCGGACGAAGACUGCACGGCAUACCUCCUGUUGAAUUCAUCUGCCCCAAGUAUAAUAGUACUGUGGGGGAUUGUGACCAGCUUAACUUGGAAUCUGGAGAGGUUAAGGUUGUAAUAUAGUAAUACUAUAUAGCAUUACAGUACCACCCGUUUUACAUGGGAAGGUGAACUUUAAUCAAAAAAUGACAAGAGUGUGCUGCUGUCAUGGGUAAAUGUUUUUGUUUUUGCUCAUAUUACAAGGUAAUCAAAUAUUUUCUUUGCUUCCUGCAAAUAUAUUGUUAAAUAUACUGUUAUUACAGGGGAAACUAUUUGAAAUGUGCAAAUUAAGGAAGGGAUAUUAAAAAAAAAUAAUAAUAAAAAAAAUAAAUUCUAUGUUAAAAUGAUUGUUAUGCACCUUGGAAUUUAAAAUAUAAUUCAAUAUAUUUCUA